AUGGAUCAAAAAGAGAGACAGAGAAUGGAUGGGAAGGACCGGCGCAGGGUCGAGGGCAACAAGGGCAACAGCAAGGAUCAUGCACUUGUUAUGUAUUAG